AUGACCGAGAAUAGGUUCUCACUGAAGCCUGCAGCCAAUAAAGUCGAGCCCCUCGAGGCAAAGUUCUUCAAGGACCUGGACGCGAAGCGCGUCAAGAUCACGUACGGGCCAUACAACGUGCCCGGCAUCGACGAUCCAACGACCCACGGAAUGACGACCUUCGUCAACAUGAACGCCCUAAUGCCAUGCCAGGACUGCCUGCUCACUGGCACCGUGCCCGACCUCAUCUUCGAGGACGGCUCGACAGCCAAUGCCGAUAAGGGGAUGUGGCUGCACCACAUCGGUCUCGGGAAUUGGAAUCGUGCCGAUGUGGUUUGCACCAGCUGGCCAGAGAGGUUUCUUUCGAACGGCAACGAGAGGUCCAAUGUCGACCUGACUCUUGGAGGGACACGGAAGGUGGGCUACUACUUCGGCCCAAACGACCGAAUUAUGCUCGCCACCGAACUCAUGAACGAGUCGGAGCUCAGUCGCACCGUCUACCUGACCAUCGAGUGGGAAUAUCUGGCUGGGAUCCCUGAUGGUUUCGACCUGGACGUUCCCAUCUGGCUCGAUGUGAAAGGGGACUGUCCGAGUCAGGCGGGACCCCUUGUUCCGAAAGCCGACGUGUUCAACGCUACGAGGGAGUCGCCUUGGUCGCCAAAUUUUACCGGAGAUCUCUACCUAAUGACUAGCCAUGUCCAUGACGGCAAUAUCCAUCAGGAGGUGUUCCUGGACGGCAAGAUGGUGUGCGAUAGCGUCGCCAACUAUGGUGAGAGCGCGGGCUACAUCAGCCAUGAAGGCGAGCCCGGCAGUGAACACGACCACGGCAGCGACGACCACAUCGCGCACAUCUCGUCCACGACCUCGUGCCAAAACCUCGGAAAGAUUGGUCCGGAUAGCAAACUGACUCUCACUUCGUUCUACGACAUGACGAAGCAUCCGGCCAUGAUGGGCCACGACGGCGAUCUCGAGCCCAUCAUGGCCAUCGAGUGGAUGCAUAUGGCUCUAAGCCCCGAGGAUGAAGCUAUGAAGCAGGUUUUGGCGUCGAAGGGUCCUGACAGGCGCAUGAUUAUGCGUCGCUUUGCUGAGCGGAGCCGGAAAGGGUUGCGAUUCCUCUGA